GUCGCGCGCACCGCUGUGCGGUACCCUCUGGAAUUCCACAUUCGAUAUUUCAAAUUCAAAUUAUAAGUGGCCAGUGUGAAGUGAUUUUAGUGCGGUAAAAUUAAAUUACGAAUAACUAACAAAAGAAUAUAUACUAAUAAAAAUGUCAAAAAUAUAAAACACUCACCACACAACACAAUACAAAACAAGUUUUCAAUUUGAAGAAUUGUAAGGAGAGAUAAUACCUAAAUGGCGUUUAUGUCUGGUCUUUGGAAUUCUAUCGUUGGUGGGAACGGGAAGGAAGAUAAUUGGAACGACGUAUCAGUCUUCUAUUGUGAUAAAAAAAAGAAAUACUUCUCAGUUUCUGAGAUUGAUAAGGAAGCGGUACCUAUAGUUUUUGCUGAAGCACAUAAGAUUACAUUCAACAAAACUGGCCUUGGACUUAAUUACACGCCUAUUAAUUUUUUGACGAUCUACCAUAUUGAUAGUAGACAAGCGGAAGUAAAAAUGCCAAGCGGCCACAUAGACCAGCCAGUAAUUGAAGACAACCGGGAUGGAACAGUCAGCAUCAAAUAUGAUCCUCGGGAGGAAGGUUUGCAUGAACUCUAUGUCAAGUACAAUGGGGAACACGUACAAGGAUCACCUUAUAAAUUCCACGUGGACUCUAUUUCUUCUGGUUACGUAACCGCAUACGGUCCAGGUUUGAAUAGCGGGGUCAGUGGGGAACCAAGCCAGUUCACGAUUAGCACUAAGGGUGCUGGUGCUGGUGGACUGUCUAUGGCUGUUGAAGGUCCCAGUAAAGCUGAGAUCACAUGCCAUGACAACAAAGAUGGUACCGUCGCAGUAUCUUACCUACCGACUGCACCUGGAGAAUACAAAAUCUCUGUUAGGUUUGGAGACAAACACAUUAAGGGAUCGCCAUUUAUUGCUAAAGUCACCGGUGAAGGUCGCAAACGAAACCAGAUAUCCGUCGGUAGCUGCAGUGAAGUCACUCUUCCUGGCAAAGUCAAUGAUAACGACAUUCGCAGUCUAAACGCUUCUAUCCAGGCUCCAUCUGGCCUUGAAGAGCCAUGCUUCUUAAAGCGACUGCCCUCUGGUAACAUUGGCAUUAGCUUUACACCUCGUGAGGCUGGUCAGCAUAUUGUCUCCGUCAAGAAAAUGGGUGUUCACAUCCAAAACUCACCCUUUAACAUCACUGUUCAAGAACAGGAAGUUGGAGAUGCAAAGAAAGUCAAGGUUUCUGGAACAGCCUUGAAAGAAGGCAAGACUCAAGGCGAGAACACCUUUACUGUUGAUACGAGAAAUGCGGGUUACGGUGGUCUCUCACUGUCCAUCGAAGGUCCAAGUAAGGCUGAGAUUCAGUGCGCGGACAGCACAGAUGGUGUGUUAGCCAUCAGCUACAGGCCAACAGAACCCGGCUACUACAUCGUCAACCUUAAGUUUGCUGACCAUCAUGUCGAAGGAUCCCCAUUCACAGUUAAGGUGUCGGGCGAGGGCAGCAACCGCCAGCGCGAGAAGAUCCAGCGCCACCGCGACCCCGCGCCGCUCACCGAGGUCGGCACCAACUGCAAGCUCACCUUCAAGAUGCCUGGCAUCACGUCUUUCGACUUGGCAGCGACGGUCACCAGUCCAGGCGGCGUGUCAGAGGACGCUGAGAUCCAGGAGGUGGAAGAUGGUCUCUACUCUGUCCACUUCGUGCCCAAGGAGCUGGGCGUGCACACAGUGUCCGUCAAGUACAGGGAAAUCCAUAUUCCUGGAUCCCCCUUCCAGUUCACCGUUGGUCCCCUUCGGGAUUCAGGGUCCCAUUUAGUGAAGGCCGGCGGUGCUGGCCUGGAGAGGGGAGAAGCUGGCCGCUUCAAUGAGUUCAACGUGUGGACCAGGGAAGCGGGAGCUGGACAACUCGCCAUCUCGCUGGAGGGUCCCAGCAAAGCUGAGAUCGACUUCAAGGACAGGAGGGACGGAUCGUGUGACGUGUCUUAUAAAGUGGAUGAGCCAGGUGAAUACCGAAUCGGGCUAAAGUUCAACGAGCAGCACAUCCCAGACUCACCCUUCAAGGUGUACAUCUCUCCAGCUGUAGGCGACGCGCAUCUUCUGGAAGUAGCUCAGUUCCCGGAUUCAGCUCAAGUAGACAAACCUACACAGUUCUACAUAAGGCUCAAUGGCGCUAAGGGCAGCUUGGAUGGCAGGGUCAUCUCCCCAUCAGGCAAGACAGACGACUGCUUUAUCCAGAACAUCGAUGGUGACCAGUACAGCAUCAGGUUUAUGCCCAGAGAGAACGGUGUCCAUAACAUUAAUGUGAAGUUCAACGGAGUACACAUCCCAGCCUCUCCUCUCAGAAUCAAGGUCGGUAAAGAUGACGCUGAUCCAGCUGCUGUUCACGCGCAUGGGCCAGGUCUUGGAAGUGUUAAGACAGGUGCUAAAACUGACCUGAUAAUUGACACGUGCAAUGCCGGGGCUGGUAUCCUGGCAGUUACCAUGGAUGGUCCCUCCAGGGUUGCCAUGGACUGCACUGAAGUCGAAGAAGGUUAUAAGGUACGAUACACACCUCUGGCUCCUGGCUUCUACUACAUGAGUGUGAAGUAUAACGGACAUCACAUCGUCGGAUCGCCUUUCAAAAUCGAAGCAACUGGUGACAACCUGGCCGAAAUCGGUGCGCAAGAGACAUCUUCAGUGACAGUGGAAACUGUUCAAAAGGUUUCAAAGGGCGCUCAGAAGCAGGGUCCAGUUCUGCCACACUUCAAGUCUGAUGCCACGAAGGUUACCAGCAAAGGCAUGGGAUUGAAGAAGGCUUAUCUGAACAAGCACAAUCAGUUUACGGUGCACGCUGGUGAUGCCGGUAACAAUAUCUUGUACGUCGGCAUCUACGGUCCUAAGGGACCUUGCGACGAGGUUCAGCUCAAGCACAAGGGCAAGAACAACUACGAGUGCUGGUACGUCGUCAGGGACAGGGGAGAGUACAUCGUUAUCGUCAAGUGGGGGGACGACCACAUCCCCGGAUCACCCUACAAGGUGGAAGUCUAAAUCCAAUCAAACUGCGUAUGUAGCACCAUCUGUACCAUCGUCUAGUAUUAAGUCAUCUAAAUUGUGUGUUUUCAAAAUUACAUUUAGUCGUAUUCGUGUUUGUCCAAAUUUAGGCUGUUAUAAUCUACAUACGCUGCUUUCUAAAUUUGUUCUUAAUUUAUUAAGAUUUCCAUAAUUUUGUUGGAUUAUUUGAUUUCGGAAUUGAUCUCUUUUCGAUCUGAAACGUCCUCUGCCAUUCACUAUCGUUUUGUGUUUUUUUUUAUGUUUUUGUAUUCCUACGUCUUUAUUAUCUAUGUUACGUCACGAAUUGUAAUUUUCUUUCGUAAUUAGCAUUUUAUUAAUGUUUAUUUCGAUAUCAACGUUCUAGUCGACUCAUGUCAGUGUUUUUUUUUUAAUUUAUAUGAUUCUCGUUUAGUUUUUAGGGCGACUAAAUGACAAUACAUAUAAAGUAUUAUUUCAAAAUAUUCCCUUUUAUAGUCUAAGUCGUAAGAUGUAAUUUAUUGCUGUAAGACUUGAGCGAAUUUUUCAUUGUUUCUUUAUAUCUGUUUGUAUGUAAUUCUUCUGCGUCUUUUUCUUUAAAAAGUUCGUAAGAAGAGUUGGUAAUUCGCUUAUUGUCUUUAGAUCGAGGCUAAUCAUAGACAUUUGAUUUUUCUUGUCCGUUUUUAAUAUUACUAACUCUACCUAAAAAUCUUUGUCUGUGAUUCGUCUGUAUAUUUUUAUAUGAAUUGCAUCUUAUUUUAUAUUUCUUUAAGUAUGAUAUUUUGCUUUCUAAUUUUGAAUGGUUUGUGCUGUAUGAAUUUUACCUACGUAGGUAGAAUGAUCCCUUAUAUUUGUAAAUACCUAUUUUAAGUACCUAUUCAAUAAUGUAUUUGCGACUGUUUACUAAAUAAAAAUGAGAAAAGUGUUAAAA